GCCAAGCAUCUAGUCGCGUUCUGGCCGGCGCGCUGUGAGGUCGACUCUCGCGUCUUUCGUCGUGAGUGUGAUGCUUGCAUUUGUCAUUCUUCUAGCCGCCUUCUGUACAGGCCUGGCUGAGGCACAGUGUCCAGCGAGAUGUCUGUGUUUCCGUACGACAGUGAGAUGCAUGUUCUUGCAGCUGGAUAAAGUACCGGAGGUUCCACCAGAAACUACAAUCCUGGACCUGAGGUUUAACAAGAUUCGCGAAAUUCCAGCCAACGCAUUCAAGAACCUAAAACAUCUGAACACCCUACUGCUGAACAACAAUCAUAUCAUCCGUCUGCAAAAUGGAGUGUUCAAUGGCCUUAAGGACCUUAGAUACCUGUACUUGUACAAGAAUCGGGUAAGGGAGAUCGAGAGCAAGGUGUUCCAAGGGCUCACAAAGCUGGAGCAGCUAUACCUGCACUUUAAUGAACUCGUGGAUAUUGAGCCUGAUACAUUUUCUAAUUUACCCUCAUUAGAGAGAUUAUACCUGCAUUUCAACAGGAUUGAAAAUUUAGGCCCAGGGGUGUUUAGCGAAUUAAGGAAUCUCGAACGACUAUUUCUUCAUAAUAAUAAACUUCAACGCAUUCCAGUAGGAGCUUUCAAGAACUUGGAGGCCUUGAAGCGUUUGAGACUAGACAGCAAUGCUCUGAUCUGCGACUGUGAGAUGAUGUGGUUGGUCCAGAUGCUGCAGGAAAAGCUGAGGGGGACGCAGGCAGCGGCCACCUGCCAGUAUCCUGUCGUGAUGCAGGGCAAGUCCCUUACUGCCAUGACAGAAACAGAUUUCCACUGCAAAAAACCGAAGAUUACAGAAGAUCCUCACGAUGUGGAAGUGACAUUUGGUGGGACAGUUUUCUUCACAUGCAAGGCUGAGGGUGACCCAGUUCCAGAUAUUGUUUGGAUGAGAGACAGCAAUGAAAUCAACAUGGGUGACCCACGCUACUCAAAGCUUGCUGAUGGCACACUGAUGAUCGAGAAUACACUAGACUCUGAUAUGGGUGUGUAUGAGUGCAUGGCCAAGAGCCCAGCUGGUGAAGCCAAGUCUCGAGCUGCCAAGAUGCACUACCAAAAAACAAAAGAGAAGCCACAAUUUCGCCGAACUCCACUAGACCAAGAAGUGGAACAGGGCUCUACUGUCCGGCUGUACUGUGCGGCACUAGGACAGCCUCACCCAGACAUCACCUGGUCUCAUGAUGAUAUUCCUAUUGUGUCCGGGGACAGGUUCGAGAUCUCAAGUGACAACACUCUCACGAUUACCGAUGUCCAGAGGGAGGAUGCCGGACAUUACAAGUGCUCUGCUGCCAACUUUGUGGGUCGUAUCACGUCUGUGGCCAAUGUUAAAGUGAAUGAGUCACUUUCAAAAGUUGUUCCAAGUUUCACCACACACCCAGAAAACUUGACGCUGAAGAGUGGAGGUCUUGCUGAACUGCAGUGUGCAGCAGAUGGUACUCCGGCUCCGACAAUCACUUGGUUUAAAGAUGGCCACAGGAUUGUUCCAGGAGGUCGGAACAGUUUCUCAUCCACAGGGCAGCAGCUGUACAUCCAGCAUGCGAAGGAGUCAGACUCUGGGCUGUACACCUGCCGAGCACAGAACAGUGUAGGGUUCAAGGAGACAAGUGCACAUCUUGUAGUCAGUGGGGUCCACCGAGACACCAGCACGCAGUACUUCGCUCAGAGGGAUGGACCAGUACCAAGACUGGUGAUUACACCAUACAACAUGGAUGCACCAAGUGGGAGUACCAUUGAGAUACCAUGUAAAGCAGAAGGCGACCCUAAGCCAACCAUAACAUGGACCAAGGAUGGUGCAACUCUUUUACUCACCAAGAGACACAGAAUUUCAUCAGUGGGAAGUCUGUACAUAUCCAACAUCUCUCAAGAAGAUGCAGGCACAUACGAAUGCUCGGUUGUCAAUAGCAAUGGGAGAACAAGAGCUCAUGGAAACUUAAGAGUUAAAGAGGAAUCCAUGAUGGGCCCUGGCGAUAGAUUCGUUCACAUAGCAUUUCAAGAGGCCAGCAAAGCUGUUGACAGAGCAGUCAAUGAUACGCUGACCAAGCUGUUUACCCGUGAUCGAGGGGCCAAGAACUCAUCACCUAACGAACUAUUCAGACUACUGCGCUUUCCAAAUGCCGCAGCUCGAAAUGUGGCAAGAGCAGCUGAUAUUUACGAGAGAACGCUAAUUAACGUUAGGAAACAUGUUGAGGCGGGCAUGAACAUAAACUUAACUACAGACUUCUCGUACAAGGAUCUGCUGUCUCCAUCACACCUGGAGCUGGUGGCCAACCUGUCAGGCUGUAUGAUGCAUCGUCCACACACCAACUGUUCUGACAUGUGCUUCCAUGGAAAAUACCGCUCCAUUGAUGGGACAUGCAACAAUCUUAAUCAUCCCAUGUGGGGUGCGUCCCUCACAGGUUUUCGCCGGGUUCUGAAACCCAUCUAUGAGAAUGGCUUCAGCAUGCCAAUUGGUUGGAAGAAGACCAUGAAGUACUAUGGCUUCCACAAGCCAAGUGCUCGGUUGGUGUCAACACGAGUGAUCAGCACAAAGGAGGUGUCACCUGAUGAACGGCUAACUCACAUGGUGAUGCAGUGGGGUCAGUUCUUGGAUCAUGAUCUGGAUCAUGCCAUUCCAUCUGUCAGCAGUGAGAGUUGGGAUGGUAUCGAUUGCAAGAGAUCUUGUGAAUAUGCAGCUCCCUGCUAUCCCAUUGAGGUUCCACCAAAUGAUCCAAGAGUCACAAACCGUCGCUGUAUUGACUUCUUCCGAAGCAGUGCUAUCUGUGGAUCGGGCCAGACUUCUGUGUUCUUUGAUACUGUGAUGCCACGGGAACAAAUCAACCAGCUGACAUCCUACAUUGAUGCCUCACAGGUGUAUGGAUUUUCUGAAGAGGUGGCACGGGAUCUACGAGAGUUUCGCAACAACCACGGGUUGCUGCGUGAAGGAAUCAGACUGCCCAACCAUAAGUCGCUGUUGCCACUUGCCGACAGUCAGCCAAAUGAUUGCCGGCGAGACCCAUUGGAAAGUGAUAUUGGCUGCUUCCUGGCAGGGGAUAUCCGGUCGAAUGAGCAGCUUGGGCUAUUGGCAAUGCACACUAUCUGGUUCCGGGAGCACAAUCGUGUUGCUACCGAACUGCGCCACAUUAACCCACAUUGGGAUGGGGACAUGCUGUACCACGAGGCCCGAAAAAUUGUGGGUGCAGAGAUUCAGCAUAUUACAUACAAACAGUGGCUGCCUCUCGUUCUUGGAGGCGAGGGCAUAAGCAUGUUGGGAGAGUACAAAGGUUAUGACCCCACUGUGAACCCCAGCAUAUCCAAUGUGUUUGCAACAGCAGCACUUCGCUUUGGCCACUCCCUCAUCAAUCCUGUGCUGCAGCGUCUGAACAAAACAUUUGGAACUAUCCCAGAGGGCGAUAUCCCUCUUCAGAAGGCAUUCUUUUCACCAUGGCGUAUCGUAGAGGAGGGUGGCGUGGAUCCACUUCUCCGAGGGCUGUUUGCAGUACCUGCAAAAUUAAAGAAACCCCAUCAAAUGCUCAACACUGAGCUGACAGAACACUUGUUUGAGGUGGCACAUGCUGUCGCAUUGGAUUUGGCAGCUAUCAAUAUCCAGCGGGGACGAGACCAUGGCAUACCUGGGUAUAAUGCAUGGAGGACGUUCUGUAAUCUCAGUGAGGCACACACAUUUGAAGACCUACGUAAUGAAAUAAGCAGCCAAUCACUACGAGAUGCUCUGAAGGAGUUAUAUGGUCACCCAGGUAACUUAGAUAUCUGGGUUGGUGGUAUUCUUGAAGAUCAACUGGAUGGCGCUAAAAUGGGUCCAACAUUCAGGUGUCUGUUGGUGGAACAGUUUCGACGUCUGCGUGAUGGAGACAGAUUUUGGUAUGAGAACCCGUCAGUGUUCAAACCAGAACAGCUGACGCAGAUCAAGCAGGUGUCACUGGGACGUGUCCUUUGUGACAAUGGAGAUGACAUCAGUGAUGUGACGAAGGAUGUGUUUAUUCUGCCGAAGAAACAAUCUCCAGCCUUCGUGCCCUGCGGCGAUUUGCCACAGAUAGAUCUCCGAUUCUGGACUGAGUGCUGCCAUGACUGCAGCAACUCUGGACAGUUCAACAGCCUUACCCAGCUGCCAUCGCUGACUUCAGGUCGGUCUCGGCGAGCCUUGGAUUACUCAUACCCAAGUGACAGACCUGUGACACUAACCACUCCCACCUACACCAACAACACCCUUCCAACCCAGAUCCCAGACGCAAUAGACGAAUUAUCUACCCUAUACACUCUCCAGUCUGACUCAAAUGAAGUAGAUGAAGAGAGGAUAGAGGGCAUUGAGAGUGCCCUGGAAGAGUUCCAGAAAACCAUCAAGCAACUCCGACGGAAGAUCAGGAAGUUGGAACACCACCUCCAAAUUAACAGCAAGCAUGCUAAUGGUAACAAGUGUAUGGAUUCAGAUGGAAACUGGAGGAAGGGUGGAGACACUUGGAAGAAGGACAACUGUACACAAUGUAUCUGCAAGGAGAAGCAGGUGACAUGUACAACAGAAAGGUGUCCCCACGUGACAUGCACAACACCCAUCCAGCAAGAUGGAGAAUGCUGUCCUGCAUGUGCAUAAUGUGUUCAGUGAGCCUCAAGUUACCGAGGAGAAUAUUUUUAAAACUAGGUUGUAUUGCCAGAAAGGAAUACCACUACUAGUCAAACAACAAACUGGAGAGUGCAAGUGGGGUAAUGAUGGUAACUCUGAGUUUGUCUUUAUGUGUUUACUAAUUGUACAGUUACAGUUUAAGUGUAUUACUGUAUUAUAUACUAUAUUUACGUAUAUGCUGCAUCAGACAUGCUAUUUCCAGCAACAGGGAGCUGUGUUGAACUAGGUGGUAACAAAUUUUAUCAAGUAUUCUUUCUCUUCCUCCUAAGACAUUUCCAUUUUAUGUGCAUCAUCUGUCUUGAUUUAUGUCCAAGUUCUGCCCCAUAUAUUGAUAUAUAUGUGUAGUAACUUUUAAAUAGGCUUUUUUCUUUGUCUUAGGUAUUUCCCAUUUCUAUAGUAUGUUGCUUACUAACUGGUAUAAUUUUCCUGCAUUUUUAUUCUGUAAUUUCUCUAAACUGGUAAAAUAUCCAUUUUAUUUUUACAGAGUGCAGCUACAAUCGGGUAAAACUAAAUUAUGUGCUUACCAUACAGGGAACAUUUGUGUGUGAUAGAAAAUUGUGUCUGUUUUGGAUCAAGUCUAAUUUCAUUUAUGUAGUAGCCUUUUCUAUCACUCAUGACAGUUUUAUUUUUUACUGGUCAUUAUGUUUUGUCUUUCUUCAUACGUCUUAUUUUAUAUACGUACAUUUGUUUGAUACGAUUAUCUGGUUUUGAGAAAAUAGCUGUUAUUACCUAAAAUGGAUUAUGGGACUUCUUAAGUGGGUAAUGUCAGUUACAUGCUGACACUAAACUUUAAAAUCUUGGUCACUAAAAAUAUGUAAACACUUUUUACUUGGUUCAAAGGACAGUCAUUUUAAGGCCUUGGUGCCACCUUGUCAGCACACUCGAGCAAGCUAACAAGCUGGAAACAGCAAGCAUAAAGGAUGCCUGUAGUUUCUGCUGUACUGUAUGUAGUCUGUUGACUCAGCCCAUUCCUGUCUUUCAGUUUCCACAUGAUGUGGUUUACUUCAACAUUCAGCUUGGUAACUACAGAACUUAGAACUUAGACAAACUAGAUUUUGUUCAAUCAUUAUAGCUUAGGGGUGGCCAAAUUUUUACACUUUAAGAGCUGCAUAUCAAAAUAACUAAUUUAUCAUAUUUUUAGAUAUGUAAGUUAAAAUUCCAUUUCCAUCCUCUAUUAAGAGAGUUUAUUCGUUGAAUGUACGCAAAGUGGAAUGUGCUGCACGAUUGCCAUGCUGCUGAUACAGCAUUGAAAAGGUACAAAAAAUGGAGCUGUAAGGCUGUGGGAUUCUUAUUGUGAUAGAGUAUUUCAUAGCAUUUAGUUUCCUUAAGCACUGCAUCACAAAAUUCAGUAGGUUAGGAUGGAACGGCAUGGAAGACACAUGAUUUGGCCACCCCUGUAAAAGGUGCUGGUGGUAUUAAUAAGGCACAGAUCAUAUUGUUUGUGAGAGGAGCAUGCAAGGUGGAACAACCCAUAAGAGCGUGAUCUUAUACAAGACAUCAUAACUUUGUGUUAUGUUCACAAACUUUGUAUUUUGGGUUGGGUUUAGCUGCAAUGCAUGCUGGUUUGAGUCGCGCUGCUGAUUAAUGUUAUGUUCUGUACUUUAGCUGAUGUGUACAGAACAUGUGUGGAGGGUCUUCUGUGAUCUGUUCUUUGGUAUGAAAAAUAUUUUAUAAUUCCUUCAGUUAUGACUUUUCUAGCCUCUGCCUACUUGUUAAAGAUCAACGAAUCUGGAAGAACCAGUAACGUGGAAUUGUGUUUACAUCAUUGCUUACGAUGAUGGAGGACUCCCUUGCUGUGACAUGCCUCUGUGUCCAGUUUUCACCUCCAGUCUGUAAAGUUUGUGUGAUCCUGUCUUGGAGCAAUAUACCAACACAAAGUUCUGGAAUACCACUGCUGCUGCUGCUGCUGCUGCUGCUGCUGCUGCUACUACUAUUCUUGCAUAUUCUUGUACAGCUUUAAAACUUUAUUGUCCUUGUGCCACAUUUUAUGCAAGCCCAGUUUUAUGUGCAUACUCCUAAACCAUUAAUCACGGAGUUGAAAUCUGGCUGGUAGCUCCAUAGUGCAGGAGUUUAAACUAACUUUUCCAGUAUGAUGAAGGUUAAUUCUGAAAUACCUGGGUAAAUCUUUGCCUACACUGCAUUUGAGAUUUCUAAACAACAUGUGGGCUAUUUAGAUUGUGUCUUCUGGGAUACAAUACUGUCUCAUUUUUUAUACAGUUAACUAGCAGUUUUGAGGAACCUGCUGCAUACACCUACAUCUUUAGGGUAGAUAAAUAUGGCAACAGUGUUUUCCACCAGAAUAUUUAUAAUCACACUGUGUCUUAACCCAGAAGGCAAAAUCGUAAUGUUCAUUGCCAUGGAAACCUCAAAUCUCAAUUAGGCAUGUUAGGAUUUUGAAGAGUAUGGAGGGUGAUCAUGUCCAUUGAACUGGGAGAAAGUGAUUAUUUUUUCAUUCAAGGUCAAGGUUGGCAUGAAGAGAAUGAGGUAAACUUCAUUUAUGAUAAUUAGUACCACUGCCAGAAUUCAAACUGCAUACCCCCUGAAUACCAUUUUGAAAUGCUACCACUUGGCAGUACCGUAUGAAGAAGUACUGAGGAAAACAACAGAUGAACUUUUCAUUCAAUAUAUCUGGGGUUUGAACUUUGAAUCUUCCAACAAUGGUUCACACAUCUGACAUCUGCAAAUAUAAAACUGGGAUAGUAUGUAGUAUGAAUUUGUGGAUACUGUAUUUUCCUUCAAAUCAAUUUAGUACUGAUUGUUCUCAUCCCAAAAAUUUGCAACCCCAAGUAUCAGUUGAAACAAUUUAAAGUUUCAGUUCUUUCUACAGAUUAGGUAUUUAUUAUUGUCCACCCCAUGUAGAUGUUGAUUUGGUGUUGGACCAUACUAUAAUAUGUAUCACUGCCAUGACAUCAUCCUAAUAUAGCUUGUAGUGUGUUUUGUUUCUUUCCAUAUUAAAAGCAUUGGUUCCUAACCUUCAGCUCACAGCCCAGCAUAAAGACAAUUGUGUAUCAGGAUGUAUGACUGUCAGUAAUAUGCAUAUGGAUGCUAAUUCAGUGUUCUUGAUUUAUGGAAGUUCGCUUUAAUGCCAUUGACUUCUGUUAUACCAGUGUUUUGUUGCAGCCUGUUGUUUGAGGUAUAUUUGAUACACACAAUAUCUGGUGAUUGGAGCCAACUCCCAAAAGAUGUAAUCAAAGCACACAAUGGACAUAACCUUACCUCUACUUCCCCAUACAACUACAUGAUGUGGUGUCUAAUCACAGGGACAACUUACCUUUUUGUCUUUAUUAGUUUUCAUGAAUGAAUAUGUUAUUUAACAAUGCUGUUUCAACAGAAGAGUUUAUAUAGCAUCAAAUGAAAAAUUAUCAUGACCGAUGAAAAGGUAUGGCUCUGGAAGAGAUGGUUGUAGCCUACUGUCUUGAGACAGGAAGAUCAUGAGAGACAGAAUAGCUUUUUGAAAUUUAAUGUGUAUUAAUUGGAUAUAAAUUACCACUACAGUAAGUAACCCACUCAUUGAUACUAGUAGAAGCUGAGAAAGCAACAGAAUGACCAAACUCUGAGAUAUAAAGGAAAUGCAGUGGCUGUGUGUGAUGGAGGAUGGAACCACUGCUAUAGAUAGAUGCAUUUUGAUUCCGUUUCAUACGUAGACCGUGCAAGUGGCUGGCAAAGGGAAUCCUGUACAUGUAUCAAAUCCUAUGUAUUUAUGUAACACUGUUGUUACAAAGAUGGCUGCCAUUUACAUUAUAAUGAUAUUAUAGCAACUUGGAAUGAACUUGUAUAUCUCAUCCAUUGAUUAUAUAUGUUAUUUGUAUUAUUUCAAUUCCCAUGGAACAUUUCAUGACACAGAAUGUACAUACAUGUGUUUGGAAGGAAGUUGAAAUUUCUGAUGGAUAUUAUAAAAGAACAUUACCCAGUAAAAUGAUCUGAAUUUUGGUAGUUAAAAGUUGUAUUAGUUAAAAUAAUUGUAUUUAUGACUUUUCUUGUUCACUUUCCCCUGUUCCCUUUAUUUCUUUUAAUUACAAAUAUUUCUUAUUGCACAUAAAUUUUUGUGUUGGUACUACCAAUAGUAAAAGUGGCUAAAGAAAAUCCCUAUGCACUUGUAAAAUUCCUCAACUGUACCAUAGAAGCAGUCUCACUCUUGGCAGAAGUACCCCCCUUCCUUAUUUUGACACAUAAGAGACCACACAUGUACUCAUAGUACCAUAUCUGUAGUUAAAUAAAUUCACAUUAAUUAUUGUUUGUA